GACAGUAAGGGUGGCACAGACAGUAGGAAGGAAGAGAGUGUGACAUUGUGACAUAAAGUGAGAAUGAGAAGGAGUGUGAUAAAGAGGCAGUAAAGAAUUAGUGCAACAGAGAAUAAAGGAGUGAGUGCAAUAUAAUGUACGAGUAUCAUGGUGCCAGAAAUAGAAAUAGCAUAAGGAGGCAGUGAGGAUGGCACAGAAUGGAGGGAGUGAGGGAGUGGGUGGGGUUUGAGGUAACUGUGAGGAUAGGUAAGAAAUAAGAAAGUAAGAAUGACACAUAAUAGCACAGGGCGGGAGAAUUGAGGGAUAGUCUAAGAGCAGACCUGUGAGAAGGACCAUACUAUCAAGGACGAAUGGCAUGCAAGUGCUUCCGUUUUUCCUAUCAAGAAACGACAAAGGGCGGCUUGUCCUUGCAACGCUGCCACACCCCCCAGCACGUAGCGAGAGUCCGUGGUGGCACAGAUGAACGGCACAAUAAGUGGCUUUCAUUCUCUCUUGCAGUGGUCUCGGCGUAGCUGGGCGAGAGAUGAAGCACUGCUGGGCGGAUCGUCUUGCAGGAGGUGGGGACAUGGAGGCCACCUAAUGCCUGCCUGGUCACCACCCACAGUGAGGUGAUGGAACAUGCGCGUGUUGUGUCAUCGGUGAACACACGUCUGCCUGCCCCGUGAUAAGUCAGUCGAAUGUUGCAGCAUAGCGUGAAGACCACAAAGCAAUACACUCAAAAAUAACUCUUUCUCCUUCGUUUGACGAAUAUUAUUUUUACAACGCCGAAGCAGUCAUGACCUCCGUACCGUGUGUGUUGUUGGGCGUGGCGGAGGUGAAGGUACCAGUGAAGCGCCUCCCGCAGGAGACGCUUGUACAAGUGGCCGAGGUGGCGGGCUGGGCAGUGGUGCAUGAGGGCCACGAGACCACUCAGAAGACUGAGUUGUCCGAGGACCGCGAGAACUUCAUCGGUGAGGUGGAUGAUUACUAUGCACUGAGAGAAGUGGAAGUGAAGGUGGAUGAUGAGGAGAAAGAGUGUCGCAUCGUACAUGGAGACAAGAUCAUCCUGCAGCACCGCACAAGGGACGUAGUCAUAGUGGCGCCUUCUAAAGAAUAUCUAAGAGUGGUGUACAUCAGUAAAAGCGACAGCUUUGGACGAGUAGCUGUGGUGCUGCAAAUGAAGUCCAAGGAAACUAUGGAACAACUGUUUGCCCUCUUCCCUGUUGCUGCGCACCCACCACCAAUCCCACACCCCAGCAGCAAUGGGCUUCAGUCGUCGAACACCAAAGACCACAAGUCGUCAUUGGGUCGAAGUAUGGGCAGAUUUACAACUAUGUUGAUGGCCUCAUUAUCCGCCGGCGCUGCCAUCGCCAGCGCUUCCCCUCCCAAAAAGUCACCUUCAUCCCCUCCCCAGCCGACCAAGAGCUUCGAGUUACAGGACUCGGUAAACAGUGAUUCAGAUUCAAGUUCAGAUGAAGAUGAUGUUAAUGACGACACAGACAGCAAAUCAACAGGCGGGUACUACGAAGACAUGGGCCUCGAUGCCACUGUCCAGGAACGACUGUACGAUGCGGAAACUUCCGACUCGGUCUCUAGACUCAGUGAUACUUCCCUCGAGACCAACGCCUUGAUAAUAGAGGCUGAGCUGAAAUUCUUCCUGGAGACUGACAGUGAUUUCCUAAAGUCUUUGCAAAGUCUAAGUGAAGAUCGUGAACGGUUGACGAGCAUUGACACUCCUUCGCUUCUCCGAGGGAAAGUGAUUCUUCUCUUUUCCCAGAUUAAGGCCCUCACGGAGAUGCACACGAAACUUCACGAAGAGUUCGAGGAAAGUGAUGGCAACCUGAGAAAGCUGAGUGAGGCCAUUAUAUCUCGACAGAAUGAGUACGAAAAGUAUGUGUACUUCAUGGAAAAUAUUCCUGUCGUCGACAACAUCCUGGAGACGCACAAAGAUUACAUAAAACAGCAUAUGCCACAAUUGCCGGAGAAGUUACGAAAACCUCGAAUGCGCCUUCAUUAUUAUGUUCUCACUUUCGAGACUCUGUGCAAGAAGUCCAGCUGUCCUGAGGAAAAGCAAGCAUUGCAAAGAGCAAUUGAUGUUCUCAAAGUUCCCCUCAAGAAAGCUGACUCAAAGCUUUUCCUAGGCGCUGUUGUGGGAUCCCCUGUAGACCUGAGCAAUUUUGGAGAUUUACUCCGCCACAGCGAUUUGGCACUGAGGAAAGGUGGAGAUCUGCCGCGGCGGGUGUAUCACGUCCUCAUGCUGAAGACGCUCAUCCUUCUCACAGUCCGUAAUGGCAGAAACUACAACUAUGUGACUAGUUUCAGAAUGGAUCAAGUUGGUCUAGGAACGCAGGAACGUGGGACAAUUUUUGAUCUAAAAGUAAGGGGCCCUAGAGGACACAAGAUGAUUUAUGUUUUCAAAGCCAAGAACAUCAACUUACAGCAACAAUGGAUAAAUGAUCUGAAGGCCAUCGUGAAAGAUAUAUCUCAGCAUAGCACUCCUCGAAACAGUUACAUUGAAGGAGACAACGAUAUCCGAUUCAGUGGCAAGCGGAACAGAAUAAGUCGUGAGCCGUCCACCGAGAAGACAGUUUCCAGUACCACGUCACUACCUAAUGUUUCAAGUGGUUGGGACGAAAAUGAUCGUUCCUCGUUGCAUGAAAAUUCCACCCCCAGAAGUGGUAGGCGAGGAGCUAUCAGAAAAAGUUCGAGUAUGAAUACAAAAAGUCAAAUGGUAAGACAACAUAGUGGCUUAUCUUCUGAUAAUGAGGGCAACUGGAGCAGGCGAAGAAUGGUAGAUCAACCAAUGCCUUUGAAUGUUUGGACCAACUUUCCGCAGUUGAAAGAUUUCUACUACCAGCGGGUUCAGUUUUCUCAGACCUCUGUAUCUACUCCUGCCUACAUGGAGAAGGAAUACAUUGAGACACUCCGGAACAUCCUUGGAACUGUACUGGAUGAAGAGCUUCCAAAGCCUCCACCAUCCAUUGUCACUCUGUUGAGACACAUUAUGGACUUCCACUGCAACGUCUUCCUUCCGAUGAUGGAAAAAGCAUCGUCGAGGGUAGAAGUUGCACAAUGUUUUGUUGACUGCGCAGAAAUAUUUAGGGGAUGCUAUUCAGAUUACUUCGCAGAGCUGACUCGGCAUUAUGAUGAACUGAAAUACGAAAAUUCUCUUGAUAUGUUCACAUAUUCCUUAGACCAUUUCAUGAACUAUGUCAAGAUGCUUUCCACUUACCAGCAUCACGAAAAAGAUGUCAUACCUCCAGUUCAAGGAGCCUUGUCCAUGUUAAGAGAAUGUGUCUCAGACACCAACGUUCUUCUCCUGACUGGGAAUGUCAAAGGAGCGCCAUUUGACCUAGGAGAGCACGCCCCUGUGCUGUAUGAAGGUCCAGCCAAGGUGCGCUGGACAGGAAUCAUGAUGAGACAAGAUUACCACUUGGUUUUAUUGGAAUCCAUGUUGCUACUGUUGGAGCCUUAUUGCUCCCACUACCGCUACGUGGACGCCCUCCGCAUGGACACUGUAGGACUCGGGCCGACGCUGGAUAAACUCUCUUUCCAGUUAGAGGUGCGCACAGCAGCUACCAAGACUCUGCUAUACUCCUUCAGGACCCCAAACGCAGGAGUUAAAGAACAAUGGCUAAAAGCAAUAACAGACCUGCUGAAACUACAAGUGGAAAGACUAAAAGAGAAGCAAAAAAGACGUCUUGGUAUAAAUAAAGUUAAUGAAGAGGACAUGAUGACUGUGGGUGACCUUGAUCGUGUGCACGAGAACCAUGUCUUGGAAACAGAAAUAUAAAACGACAAUGAUUGUGUCCCCCGCUCAGGAUGGAGGCACAUACUACAAACUUGCGUUGUGAUGACUCGUAACAUGAAGCAGCGAACAAAACUUCAUCGCUCCUGUCAGAACAAUAAAAUAACUACUCCCCGAUUCUUGUUACUGUGAUUGGUGUGGAUGUGAGCCAUGAUGUGAUCGGUGUGGGGCGGGUGAACCGUACGCAUGCUGUGUCCGUGUUGGAUGCAAACAUUGAGGUGAUGUCCUGCCAGUGAGCCAGCACACUGUUCAGUCGUUUGUUGACGAAUUUGAUAAGCGAAACAUAGUGUAACUAAGAAAUUGUAAGUUUGUAAAACUUAAAUACAUAUAGGAAAUAAAAGACAACUCUCUCUC